AUGGCGUCUACCUUUUUUGGAGUUUUAUCGAACCUUGACCACAACAUACACACAUGGAAAACUUACAAAGGUCGAUUACUACAAUGGUUUAUCACAAAUGACAUCGAUAAGAUUAUCGAUCCAACAGGAAUUAAAAGACGAGCGGUUCUUUUCAGCGCACUUAACGAGGACACCUACAAGUUCACAGCUGAUCUCGCGCUGCCAAAAGAAAUCCAUAAUGUACCAUUUGAUGACAUCGUCGCGCUCCUCGACGCACACUUUACGCCUAAACAACUCGGUUUAACACGGUCGCUGGCUUUUGCUUUGAGAGAUAAAGUUGACAGUGAAAUUGGUAGACUUGUGGAGUUAGGUACUUCGUCCAGUGGAACAUUCCGAAUUCGCAUCACCAAUAGUGCCAGUCUUAAACGAGAUGGUUCCGUACGUAUGUAUUUGCGUUGA